UAUCCUGGAUGAAUCAAAAGAACAGACCUCGAUCACUUUAGUCGCGUACAUAUGACGUCAUCCUAAAAAACAACUCGGAAGCCGCGUGAAUAUCUUUUCUUGAUGUCUGUAAACUAUGCAGCCGGAUUGUCGCCUUACGCGGAUAAAGGUGUCUGUGGACUUCCAGAGUCAUUUGAUGGUCCCGAGGAGCUGAAAGCCAAAGUAGAGACUCUCGCACAAAUGAUCAAAGAAUCGAAAUAUUUCGUUGUUCACACUGGAGCAGGAAUCAGUACGUCAGCUGGAAUCCCUGACUUCAGGGGUCCAAAAGGUGUGUGGACUCUAGAAGAAAAAGGUGAAAUGCCACAUUUUGAGACAACAUUUGAAGAUGCUCGUCCCACUUUUACGCACAUGGCCCUUCUAAGUCUGCAGAGGGCAGGCUACCUCAAAUAUCUCAUCAGCCAGAACGUGGAUGGCCUUCAUGUGCGAUCUGGUUUCCCAAGGGAUCUGUUGUCUGAACUUCAUGGAAAUAUGUUCAUUGAGGAAUGUGAAAAGUGUGGCAGGCAGUAUGUGAGGGAAAAGGUGAUUGGUGUAAUGGGUUUGAAGCCAACUGGACGUUACUGUGAGUUUGUUCGCUCUAGGGGACUCCGAGCUUGCAGGGGGAAGCUGAUUAGCACCAUCUUGGACUGGGAGGAUGCUCUCCCCGACAGAGACCUGAACAAAGCAGAUGAUGCCAGCAGACAAGCUGACUUGGCACUAACUCUUGGCACAUCCAUGCAAAUUAAACCUAGUGGAGAUCUUCCUCUUCUCACCAAGCGCAAAGGAGGGAAACUAGUCAUUGUCAACCUGCAGCCUACCAAGCAUGACAAACAUGCACAUCUGCGGAUCCAUGGGUAUGUGGAUGAAGUAAUGAAACAGCUCAUGGAGCUCCUCGGGGUCGAUAUGCUAAAGUGGGAUGGGCCAACUGUGUGUGAGAUUUCAGCAGCCUCUGCAGAGUUCAAGAGUGAGUUAAAGGCAGAACAGGAUACUGUCCCAGAUAUAGAGAAAAAAUAUCAAAUUAAGAGCAAAGGAAAAAGAGGCUCUGCUGCACCAACAGAAGACGGAGGCAUUGAGGAGGCCUUAGUGCCUGUAAAGAGAGAGAAAAAACAGUUCUCAGUGGAGCAGGGGGAACAGAAAUAACCCCAGGUGUGAUAUUGUUAUACCGAUAUCUUCUGUUGCAGAUAUUUAUCAAAGAAGACAUUUCACUUUUCUUACACUAGCUGGAUUUAAGGACAUAGAGCAAAUCCAUGUAAAAGAUGGGACUACUUUGGUUGUUUUGGUGUUUCAUUUUAUCUAAGCUGUUUCAACACUUUAUAGAAGAAGCCAUGUGAACUAUUCUUGGCUGCCCUUACCAACAUGUGUCUCAGCUUAUUGCUGACUUUUUUAGAAGUUCAGUUAAACAAACUCCUAUCACUUGAACAACAUUUUAUAUUUAUUUAGCAAUGUGUUUGGAGGACUUUUUAUAUUAAUAUCUCUAGGUGUUAGGUGUGGUUCUCUGAAGGAGAAUGUUGUCACUUCCAACUUUCACUCUUACAUUAUCAUUGUUGAAAUAUUAUUAUGUAGAGAAAUGGGGAAUCAUCACAUACCUUAUCACAGGAAAAGAGGGUGUCUAGAUGCAUGCACUGUCAAAUGUUUGUGUGGUAACUGUACACCAUUUAGCCUCAAAAUACCUGCUUUUUAUCGAAAUAAACAUGUUUUAUUUUCUUACUCUGUAGUUGACUCACCAGUGAUGUAGGUCAAGCUCUUUAUAUAUACAGCCUCAAGUUCAAGUUGAGCCAGAGUUAGGCAGAGUUCAGGUACAAUUUCCAAUUAAUGUCUAUCUACCUAUAUAAUGUUUACAAAGCUAUGUUUUCUAUGUUGCGUUGGCAUUUUUAUAUACAAUAUGCAUAAGCUGUUAAUUCACUGUAAAUGGACCCGUUUGAGUUUGUGAAAGCUCUCUUUUUGGAAAGUAAAUCACUGUUAAUUGCUUUAUUUCA